AUGAGUCAUGAGAGUGAUCGACUCUCUGACAAUCAGACUGAGGCUGAAAAGUCAAAUUCGGAAGAUUUCCAACCCGACAGUGGCUUUGUCGCCUCUUCUGCUGCAACAGAUAAAUGGGAAGGAGAGGAUGAAGAAGACGGCGUGAAGGAUUCAUGGGAAGAUGAAGACAAGGCAGAGAAUGCUGAUGCCAGUGGGGACAGUUCAUCAGAUGUCAAAGCCUAUCAGAAGAAGAAGAAAAAACCUUUAGCUGAGAGGAUUGCUGAAAGAGAGUUAGCGGAGAAGCUUGCAAAGGAAGAAGAGGAAGCUAAAAAAGCAAAGAAACCUUUAUCAGCAGAAGAAAAGCUCGCAGAAAAAUUACGAAUACAGAAAAUACAAAAAGAUGCUGAUUUAAAGGUAGCUCGAGAAACAUUUGGAAUAUCAGCGUCAGGUCUUGAUAGCUUCCAGCCAGAAACUCAAGAAGAGUUUGUGAAGUUUUCUGAGGCACUUACAGAGAAAAUUUUGACGUUUCAGCCUUCACCUUGCUUUUCGGGAUUUCUAGAAAAACUUUUCACAGAUUUAGCUUUGUCAUUGGAAACAGAAGAUGUAAAGAAGUUUGGAGGACUCUUAAAUAAUAUUUAUCACGAAAAAAAUAGGUUAUCAAAGCAGGAACAAGACGCCAAAAAGAAAAAGAAGAAAUCGAAAGCGACAAUCCGAGUUGGAAAGUCUGAUGAUCUGGAUGACUUGGUGGCAGCUGCGGCGUCACCUGGCAACUACGGCUAUGAUGACGACUAUAUAUAGCCUCGCAAGCUAUCAAUAAAUUAAACAGUCAAGUGUCAAAAUGAAUAUGCAUGCAGUUAACAAAAAAGUCCAUCCUUGUGCUAAAGUUAAAUACCAACAGAAUAUAAUCUGAAGAUUUUGUAUGUCUCCUGUUCGAAGUUUCUCUGGACACAAGAUGACAUCAGUCGUGUGUGUCUGUAUCAAGCCAGGUUCUCAUACACCCUGAAGAUGACCACCAGUAACCAGUGGAUCGAGUGUUCUCAUGACGUUGAUUCGUGUAACAGAUUUCACCUGCUGAUACACCAUUUGCCAGUGGAUAUGUUUCUCAUGCAGUUGGGUUCCUGUCGGCUCUGUGAGAAUAAGGCUCUAAUAAAUAAUAGUUGCUGGAGUCUCUGAGGAUGUGUAUUAGUGGUGGUUUCUUUUUCAAAGUCAAACAGCCAUAAUUACCAAAGUUCUGUUUCAGUUCGCCAUAUUUGUGUGGUGAGACAAAUAUUUACUGGUUAGACUGGUUAUGGCUGUGUUAUUGUUUUGGCAGUUAUUUUUGUUAUGCCCUUAAACAUAAACAAAUAUCGAAUUCUGGUGAAAAAGCAUUUUCUCAUAAUAGUUGUCUUCCUUCAUUUUUACAGCAUCCAGAAUUUUGUCUUUUAUGUGUAACAACUGAAACAGUGACCAUCAAAUAUACUUCAGUAAGGGGAGGCAUUAAAAACCCUCUUUUCUGACAUAUGUAAGGUUAAGUUAGUCAGAUAUAUCCUUGCUCUUUGUGAUUGUCAUUUAUUAGGCUGAAAGCUAACAAACAAACUGGGUUACAAAAUACACAAAAGAGAGUAAGGUGUAUAAACAUGGCACUUGAGAAUUCAUUUUGUACGGAUUUUCUAAAAAGAUAAUUUCUGUUAAUUGGCUUUGUUAUUUGUUUGAGGACAUCAUUGCAUGAGGUCACUUCCUAACUGUGGGAUAACAUACAAGAUUAUCCAGCCCUCAUUGAGAAGUAAAAGCACUUGAGCUCUUGGUAGUAGACAGGUGGGAGUCCAGCCUUGAUAAGAAAUUGCAAGCAUGUGAGCUCUUGGCAGCAUGCAGGUAUCAAUCAAGCCAUUGUGCAGUAGGACACGUACUUGAGCUCUUGAUAGAACGCAGUCAAAUUCAGCUGACAUUCAGAAGUAAAGGCACAUAAGCUUUUGGCACCAUGCAGGCAUGAGCCUAACCGUAAAUCAAAAGUGCAAGUGAGUGAGCUCUAAGCACCAAUACAGGUAUAUGAUCACAGGCGUCAUUGAACAGUAAAAGCUU